ACCUCCUCUAAGCUUUCUCUUCGUCUCUUCCCAAAGGUCUUUUGCUGGGCAGCGGAGGAGAGUUUGAUUUCAUCAUGGCAACUAUUGUCACGGAAAAGCUCAGCCGUCUUUUCAUCCACGUCCAGCAGCCUUGGCACAUCCCCAGGCUGCUGGAGGCCGCGUUCCCUGCCUCCCCGUCCACUGUGGGCACUUCGGACGUGCCCAAGAUCUUCCGGAAGCCCUACAUCCACACAGGCUACCGGCCUCUCAACCAGACCUGGAAGUACUACUUCCUGACGCUCUUCCAGCAGCACAACGAAGCCAUCAACGUCUGGACCCACCUGGUGGCCGCCGUGGUCCUGCUGCUCAGGUUCCAGCAGCUGUCCCACACCAUCGACUUCAUGAGCGAUCCUCACGCCCACCCCUUGUUCAUCAUCCUCAUUGCCUCCAUCACCUACCUGACCUUCAGCACCCUGGCCCACCUGCUCCAGGCCAAGUCUGAGUUCUGGCAUUACAGCUUCUUCUUCAUGGACUAUGUGGGCGUUGCCAUCUACCAGUAUGGCAGUGCCACGGCACACUACUACUACGUAAUUGAGCCAGCCUGGCACGCCAAGAUCAAGGGCUUCUACAUGGCAGGGGCCGUCUUGUUGGCUUGGCUGUCCUGCGUGGGCUCCUGCUAUGCCAAGUACCGGUAUCACCAGCUGCCGCGCUAUCUGAGCAGGCUGUAUCAGGAGAUGCCCUCGGGCCUGGCCUACAUCCUUGACAUCAGCCCCGUGAUUCAUCGGAUCUACAUGACGCAGUCCUCGGAGCACCCGGACCCAGCCAUCCUGUACCACAAGUGCCAGGUGCUGUUUUUUCUCCUCGGUGUCUUGUUCUUCUCGUACCCCUACCCGGAGAAGUGGUUCCCUGGGAAAUGCCACUUCUUUGGGCAGGGCCAUCAGAUCUUUCACGUGUUUCUGGUGCUGUGUACCCUGGCCCAGGUCCAGGCGGUGGUGUUGGAUUACGAGUCAAGAAAGCAGGUCUAUGCCAGUCUGCACGCCGAGAUGCCCCACAACUUCUCUGCUCUCUGCCUCUUCACAGUCAUCUGCUGCGUCCUCACAGCCACGUACAUGGCCGGCAAAGUGAAGCACAAACUGAGCUGCAAAGCAGAGUGAUGCCCCCAGACUGCUCCCAGGCUACUGAAUCCUGGCUGCUGAGCUGUCUGAAUGGCACUCACCCUGACCCGCGGGUUAAAACCUGCCCGGGGGCUUCAGGAUACAGUGGAGGUGGACAAAGGGGAAAUACCGAGACGGCGGGCCUUGCAAGGGGCUUUGAUUCUGUAUCCUAGAAAGCGCGCGUGGAUGUGUGCGUCUGUGCACGAGUGUGUGUGUGAAAACUUUUCCUCCCUCUGCUUGUUUUCUGCAUUUGAAAUUCAGACCCCGUGUUUCCCGGAGCACUGUAUGAAGCUCUGGAAACCCAGCGGGACUGCGGCAUCCGAGGUGCCCUGCGUUUGAAGCCCGGAGAUGCGCGGGAAGGGAAGUGACUUUUAAAUCAGAGUAGUUAAACCUGGUUUUGCUGUAAUUCUGAUUAAACUCAAAUGCCUGGGAUAAAA